AUGGAUAUGAAGUACGAUCACAGAAGAAAUUCGGAGCAUGGUGAAUAUACGGAGCCAAGUGAAUUUGCCAAGGAUUUCAAAUUGGUAAGGGAAUUUUUAAGCUAAAAAUUGUGAAAAAAUGAGCUGGAAAUUGUGAUUUUCAGCUCAAAAUUGUCUGAAAAUCAUGAAAAUUCGAUAAUUUUGUGAAAAUCCAAAAAUAGUGAAAAAUGAGCAAUUUUGAGCUGAGAAAACGUGAUUUUCAGCCGUAAAUUGUGAAAAAAUCACGAUAAUUUUAACCCAAAAAAUCAAUAUGUUCCAGAUGCUUGACAAUUGUAUGCUGUAUAAUCCAGUCGGAGAUCCGAUUCAUAAUUUGGGAAAACAAUUUAUGGAGAUUUUUUGAGAAAGAGGGUGAGUUUUGCAGCUACAGUACUCCUAUGUUUUUUAGCGCGCGAAAUUCAAAAUUUGAAAAUGUAAUUUUGAUGCGGAAAUUCAGCUACAGUACUCCUAUGUUUUUUGGCGCGAAAUUCCAAAAUUUGAAAUAUUAAUUUUGAUGUGGAAAUGCAGCUACAGUACUCGUUGAUUUUUUUGGCGCGAAAUUCAAAAUUUGAAAAUGUAAUUUUGAUGCGAAAAUUCAGCUACAGUACUCCUUGAAUUUUUAGCGUAAAAUUCAAAAUUUAAUUUUUUAGUACGAAAAUGCAGCUACAGUACUCCUAUGUUUUUUGGCGCGAAAUUGAAAAUUUGAAAAUUUAAUUUUUGUGCGAAAAUGGAGCUACAGUAGUCCUAUGUUUUUUUGGCGCGAAAUUCAAAAUUUGAAAAUUUGAAUUUUGAUGCGGAAAUUCAGCUACAGUACUCCUUGAAUUUUUAGCGCGAAAUUCAAAAAUUUGAAAAAGUAAAAAAAAAUUUCCAGUGCGGAAAGAUCUACCCACCGAAAAAGGACCAUCAACCUCUUCAAACAGCACAGUCUCUCACCAAUCCACCACAAUUCCCACCACCACCAUCCAUCACACCAACAUCAGCCACCAAACACACCAAAACUAGUUUGGCACCAUACCGCAAUUGUCAAACAAGAAGUUGGCAGCGCAACUCCGCCAAAUUUGACACCAUUGGAAGGAUCGAAAUCUCGAACUGAAGAUGGAAUGCGAUUGGAAAACGCGUUGGCUAUGGUGAGUUAGGGUGAUUUUGAUAUUGUUGGCGCCAAAAUUUGAAUUUGGCGCCAUUUUCUGUUGCAUGCGGGGAGGGGAAGAGGAAUUGAAAUUAUCGAAAAUCUCUGGAAAAAAAUUCAAAUUUUUACCUUUUCCCGCCCCUUUGUUCGGUAGAGCGCGCUUUCUCAUGACAAAAGAUCCAACAAAAAAAUUUGUGUUUUUCUUAUGUUUCACCUCUCUUCUCUUCUCUCUCUUGUUUUUCUACACUAUCUCGUUGUUGUUUUUUUUUUCGUGUGUGUCCCUUUAAAAUUUGCAUAUCUCUCUCUUGUGUACCUUUAAAUCUCAUCUCUCUACAGUACCCCCCUAUAUGUAAUUUUUUUGUUUUGUUGGAAUAAAUUCAUUUUUUUUUGGUUUUUUUGUCAUGAGAAGGAUACAGCGCGGGAAAUUUUUUUGAAUUUUUCAGGAAAAAAUUUCAAAUUUUUUUGAAUUUGGAGCGAAAAUUGAGAUUUUUUUCAAGUUCUAGACUCAAAAUAUUCAUGAAAAAUCUCGAAUUUUCAGCCAAAAACACCCGAAUUUAAUUCCCAGAUUCUGCGAACGUGAAGAUAGCCUAAAAACGAACUUACGACAAGUCGAAGAACUCAAAUCAAAAGUGAUGAGAUAUCGAAAUAGUUCUCGAGGUGAAAAAAUACCAGAAUCACUUUAUACACAAGUUCGAACAGUUUGUCAAACAACAUCGAAUUCGACACCAAUUUCCGGAGCCAAAAAUCCCAUGUGAACCGGUGUUUAGAAGCUACUGUAAGUUGAUUUUGAGAGGGGAAAGAAGCUGAAAAUUUGAAAAUUCUGACUGAAAAUUGAGGGAUUUACAGCGAUUUUUGACCCGAGAACCUUGAAAAUUCGAUUUUUUUUUUGAAAAAAAAGGCUCAAAUUUUUCCAGAUUUUUUCCCAAUAUUUAAAUUUCUUGGAUUUGGAGCCUAAUUUUUUUAAUUACAAAAAAUGGCGCGAAAAAUCAGAAAUUCGAAUUUAUUUAUUUGAUUUGGCGGCACAAUUAUAUUUUCAAAUAAUCAAAAUUAGCCGCUAAACUUUAGAAAUUUGAAUUUUCGAAAUUUUCUGACAUGUUUCAACUCAAAAAUUCCCAAAUUUCCCGAAUUUUUUUUGCAGAAUGGCCGUGAAAUCAAAAAAGAAGAGCCGAUUGGCUACGAUUUCGAUUCAGAUGCCGAAGAUUCUCGAGUUGGAUAUGAGCUAUGAUGAUAAACGACAAUUAAGUUUGCUAAUUAAUCGAUUGGCACCCGAACAUUUGGCAACAAUUGUUCAGAUUAUUGAGAGAAGGGGAACAUAAUGUGAGUUUUUUUUUGGGAUUUGGGCCGGAAAAUCACGAAAUUUCAUGGAAAAUGAGCUAGAAUUGGUGGAUUUUGAGCCGGAAAAUUGAAUUUUUCUGGAGAAAAUUCGAUUUUUACACGAGAGAAAAUUGAAAAAUAACCUGAAUUUUAUCCCAAUAUUCACCCAGGAACCUUUCCAGCUCAAAAAAUCUACAAAAAUUCUGAAAUUUUUGAUAUAUAAAAGUUUGAGAAAUUCAAAAAACGGCCUUGGGACUUAAAAAUAUCCGAAUUGGAGCAAAUUUUGAGCAAUUUCUAACCUAAAAAUCCCUGAAAAAUGAGUCUCGGAGCGAAAAUUUUCGAAUUUUAGAGCUUUUUAGGCUGAAAAAUCAUGAAAAUUUGAACGCGGAUCGCGCGAAAAUUCUGAAAAUCUUCCUGAAAAUCAAAAAAAAAAACUGAAAUUCAAAAGAAAAUUCUGAAAAUUUACAAUCUCUUCUUCAAAAAAUUCACCCAAAAAUGUUUCCAACUACAAAAAAAUCAAUAAAAAGCUGGAAUUUUUUUAAAUAAUGUUUUGAUUUUUUUAUACAAAAGUCCGGGAAAUUCAAAUUCCCGAAAAUCUCUGAAAAAAUGAAUAAAAACUUCGAAAUUUGAGAAAAUUCUGAAGCAUUUCCUAACCCAAAAAUCUCUGGAAAAAUGUGUCUCGGAGCGAAAAUUUCGAAUUUCAGGGCUUUCUAGGCUGAAAAUCAUGGAAAUUUUGAGUCCGGAUCGCGCAAAAAAAUUCUGAAAAUCAUCCUGAAAACUGAAAUUCAAGUAAAUUACUGAAUAAUAAGCAUAUAAAACUCUUCAAAAAAUCCCGAUUUUUCUCACAAAAAAAUCUUCUCUUUUAGCUCGCGAAUCGGAAAUCAAGAAGACAGUGAAAUCGAGAUUGAUUUUGAAGCCCUAGGACCAACAUGUUUUGAGAGAAAUGAACGCAGCUUCGCCAGAUAUAUUUUAGAAAUUACCGCCACCCCGGAAAACCAUCCACCACCAAUUAUUCCACGUCAUCUUCUUCUGCUCCCAUUUCAACACCAAUCACCACAAGUUCAGCUAACUCGAAUUCGACGUUGAAUUCGAAUUCGAAUUCAAAUUCAAAUUCCCUCCCGCCGAUUUUGCCACCACAACAAGUUACACCAAGUCUUCCACAAAUUUCUCCCCAAAUUCCUGCUGCAUCUUCAUCAUCCGCCAAUAAUCCACCACCAAUUUCUUCCCUGAAAACACCAGCAGCAGCGCCAAUUUUGGAAGAGAACACGGCGAAAUUGAUGAGAUCACCUGAAGAGAUUUUGGCGGCGAAAAAUGCGAAAAAAGAGAAGAGUGAGUUGGUUUUUUGAGAUGAGCAAUGCAUGAAAAUUGGCUGAAAAUUGUCUGGAAAUCGUUGAUUUUAAGCCUAGAAUUGCUAAAAACAUCAAAAUUUUGACCCAAAAUUCAAGAAAAAUGAUGAUUUUGAGCCAAAAUUGAUGAAAAAUUUGAUUUUUAGCCUGGAUUUGGCUUAAAAUUGAUAAAAAUCUGAUUUUUCUCACAAUUUUGAGCUUGAAAAAUGUCUGAAAAUAUUGAUUUCCAUACUGAAAUUGCUAAAAAAUAUCAAAAUUUUACCCAAAUUUCAAGGAAAAUAAUGAUUUUUGAGCCAAAAUUGAUGAAAAAUUUGAUUUUUUAGCCUGGAUUUGGCUUAAAAUUGAUAAAAAUCUGAUUUUUCUCACAAUUUUGAGCUUGAAAAAUGUCUGAAAAUAUUGAUUUCCAUACUGAAAUUGCUAAAAAAUAUCAAAAUUUUACCCAAAUUUCAAGGAAAAUAAUGAUUUUGAGCCAAAAUUGAUGAAAAAUUUGAUUUUUAGCCUGGAUUUGGCUUAAAAUUGAUAAAAUCUGAUUUUUCUCACAAUUUUGAGCUGGAAAAAUGUCUGAAAAUCGUUAAUUUUAGCCUGGAUUUGACUGAAAACCUAGGGAAUUUAACCUAAAAUUGACUAGAUUCUCUGAAUUUUCAACUGAAAUUGAUGAAAAUCUGAUUUUUCUCUACAAAUUUAAAAUUUUGAGCUGAAAAAUUGACUGAAAAUAUUGAUUCCCAGACUGAAAUUGUCAGAAAAAUGUUAAUUUUAUAAAAAAUCAUUAAAAAUUAGAUUUUUUCACAGUUUUGAGCCUAGAAUUCAGAAUUUUCAGGCUUUCUUUAAAAUUCCAGACAAUUUUUUUCUAGAAGUUUAAUGGCUAGAUAAUAAAAAUUCUGAAUUUUCUAUAAAUCUCCAGCUUUAAUAAUUUUUGUCCAAAACUAACCUGAUUUUUAUUUAACCCGCAUGUGCCUUUAAAUGUUAUGUGUGUUUUGUCCAUUCACAGCUUCUUCUUCUUCUUCUUCUCCUUCUUAUACACCACCGUCUUCAUAUAAUUAUUAUCAAAAUAAUUCAUCACGUGACUCUUCACCAUCAUUUUCGCCAUUUUCACCACCAAAAUCCAGCCGAAAUCGAAAAAACCGGCAAAAUUCGACGAAAACGACGGAAAUGAUCGAAAAAAUUGAAAAAGAAAUUGAUGAAUUGAACACUUGUAUCAUUAAAUCCACGUCUGGAAGAGCAUUUUUGAAUAACAGACCGUCGGUUUUGAGAAAACGAUUUUCGAAGAAGAAAAAAUAUGAGGAAAAAGAGGAAAAACCGAUUGUGAGAAGAGAGCAAUUGGAGGAAAGAGGUUUGAGAGGUUUUGGCGGGAAAAUUUGGGCUUGGCAGGGUUUUUGAGCUGAAAAACUGCUGAAAUUUGGACUCGGGAGGGGUUUUGGAGCAUUUUUAAGCUAGAAUUGAUGAAAUUUGAGCUCCAGAGCAAUUUUUGAGCAUUUUUAGGCGAAAAAUGAUGAAAAUUUGGGCGCUGGAGGAUUUUUGAGCUGAAAUUUGGGCUCCAGAGCAAUUUUGGAGCAUUUUUGAGCUAAAUUGAUGAAACUUUGGGCACUGGACGAUUUUUGAGCCGAAAUUUGGGCUCCGGAGCAAUUUCGGAACAUUUCAAACCUGAAAAUGAUGAAAUUUGAGCCCUUGAUCGAUUUUUGAGACGAAAAAUGGUCCCACCGCGAUUUUUAAUUCAAAAAUCAAGUUUUGGUGCCAAAUGUUGGGUCCUGACACGAAAAUUCGUGAUUUUCAUCAUUUUUUGAGCCUAGAAAGGUCCCAAGACGAUUUCUAGUAGCUUUGAAAUUUCCCGCCAAAUUUUGGGUCCUGACACGACAAAAUUUUCCCGCCAAAACAUUUAAAGGUUUGUUUGUUUUUUUCGCAUGUUCUCUUUCUUUUUGUGCAUGUUUUUGUUGUUGCUAAUGGGCCUAUGCAGAAUAAUAUUUUGUAAUAAAAAAACAUUAAAAAACAUUUUUUUCCUAUGCAGAAAAACGUCGAAAAAACAAAAUAAAGACAACGUGAAAUUGAGAGAGCGCAGACAUAAAAUGGGGUUUUUUGUAUGCACUCUCUCAAUUUCACGUUGUCUCUACUCAAAAUAAUAAACUGUAUAUUUUGUUUUUUCGACGUUUUUCUGCAUAGGAAAAAAAUGUUUUUUUAUUACAAAAUAUUAUUCUGCAUAGGCCCAUAACAAAAAUGUUGUCUGAAAAUUUCAGAUUUCGAAUUGUCUACUGAAAAUGCUCCUCAAAAAGUGCCCAUUUUUUCCAGAAAAAUCGCAAUUCAACAUAUCGGAAUCGUCGGAUUCGGAUCCAAGUAGAAAGCGGCGAAAAGUCAACAAAAAUGGACACAAAAAAGCGGGAAAAGAUGAGGGAAGCGAAUCGGGAAGUUCGUCGAGUUCAAGUGAUGAUGAUGAUUCGGAAGAUGAUUAUAAAGGUUGGUUCGAUUUUUUUUUGUUUUGGGCAGGAAAUUCGGGAGAUUUUGAGCCAAAAUUUGAGAAAUUUGAUGAAUUUUGAGCCAAAAUUUGAAAAAUUUGAUGAAUUUUGAUCUGAAAAUCUGAAAGUCUGGACAUUUCUGAGCUGAAAAUAAGCUUGAACAUAAUUUUUUUUAGUAAUUUGUUUAGAAAAGCGAAUCGGGAUGAAUAAUAUGACCUAGAAAACCAAAAUGAAAUUCUAGGCCACGCAAAAAUUUGCUUUUUUUCUGGUCAGGAUGGAAUCAUGACCUAGAAAAAGAAAUACUUGGUUUUCUAGGUCAUCAAACUCAAAAACUCAGCCACAGUUUCAAUUUUUCAUUUAAAAAUCAAAUUUUGUUCUGCUCUUGGUGGCCUAGAAUUUUAAAAAUUGGUUUUCUAGGUCACCACGUUCAAAAACUCGGCCAUGGGAUUGAAUUUUGACGAAAAGUAUCAAAAUUAAAUUAAAAAUAGGUUCCUAAGUAAAUUUUUGAUAAAAAAUUCAAGUUUGAAAUCAAAAAUGGUCUAGAAAAUCAAGAAAUUGGUUUUCUAGGCCACCAAAUUCUGAAACUCGGCCACAAUAUCGAACUUCGACGAAAAAACCAAAAUUCAGUUCAAAAAUUCAAAAAUUUGGUUUUCUAGGCCACAAAGUUCGAAAACUCGGCCAUAUGGUCAAUUUUUCACGUAAAAUCCCAAAAUUCAGUUCAAAAUUUUCAUUAAAAAAUCGCUCAUGUUAUAAAUUUCCCACCAAAACCAACCUGUUUUUUUUCAGAAAUGCAGCUGAAUCGAAAAGGCGGAAUGCCACCAUAUCAUCCAGUUUCGGCAACUCCAGGCUCCUCAUCUUCAACCACACCAAAUCCAGCACCACAACAACAACACCAAGUCCAUCACACCAAUCACCACAAUUUGCCGCCACGUUUGGGUGGAAUGGGUGGACAACCGCCAAUGGCACGUGUCCCGCCACCAUUGCCAAAUAAAUCGAGUAGUGGAGCAGGAGGAGGAGGAAAUUCACAACGUGAGCGAUUUUUUGGAUUUUGAGAUUGACAAAUUUUGAGAGCUAGGAACAUAUUUUUGAGCUUUUUCUGAACAUUUUGAGCUCAAUUUUGGGUUUUUCGUCAAAAUUCAAUCCCAUGGCCGAGUUUUUGAACUUGGUGGCCUAGAAAACCAAUUUCUCUUGAAUUUCUAGACCAUUUUUGAUUUCAAAAUUGAAUUUUUCAUCAAAAAUUGACUUAGGAACCUAUUUUUAACAUGAUUUUCGAGUUUUUCUGAUCAUUUUGAUUUAAUGUUGAAUUUUUCCGUCAAAAUUCAAUCCCAUGGCCGAGUUUUUGAACGUGGUGGCCUAGAAAACCAAUUUCUUGAAUUUCUAGACCAUUUUUAAUUUAAUUUUGAUAUUUUUCGUCAAAAUUCGAUCCCAUGGCCGAGUUUUUGAACGUGGUGGCCUAGAAAAUUAAUUUCUUGAGUUUUCGAGCUUUUUCUGAACAUUUUGAGCUAAAUUUUGAGUUUUUUCAUGAAAAAUUCGAUCCUGUGGCCUAGAAAACCAAUUUCUUGAAUUUCUAGGCCACCAAGUGCAGCAAAAAUUUGAAUUGUUCAUAAAAAUUUUUGCAUGGCCCUAGAAUUUCAUUUUGGUUUUCUAGGUCAUAUUAUUCAUCCCGGUUCUCUUUUCUUUUCUAGACAAAUUACUAAAAAAAAAAAUCAUAUUUACCAUAACUAACCAAAUUUUUAUUGAUUUUUAAUGUAUCAUAAAUUUAUUUUUUUUUCUCUGAAAAUUCAUUUUUUCUUCAAACUAAAUAAAAUCAGGAAAAUUUUCAGAUUUGAUGAAGAAAAAAUCGUCGACAGCGGCUUCUUCUUUCGAUCUCAACACAACCAUCGGCUUCAGCGAAUGCUUGUGAGUUUUUCUGUGCUGAAAAUCUGGAAUUUUGGGGAUUUUUUGGGCUAAAAUGAGCUGAAAAUCAAUAUUUUCAGCCAAAAAAUUGAAAUUUUGCAGCCAAAACUAUACUCGAUGAUUUGUUGCCCGAUUCUUCUUCUUCUGGUGGAGCACAAAAGAAAAAUGUGAGUUUUUCAGAUUUUUUUUGGCUGAAAAUAUUGAUUUUUUUUGCAGAAAGUUGAUGAAAAUGACGAGGAGAGAAUUGAACGAUUGAGAAGAGAAGUGGGUUGUUUUUUAUUUUGGCGCGAAAAAAAAAAUAAUUUCAAAAUUUUCAAAAAAAUUUGAAAAGUCGAAAUUUCGGCGCAAUUGUUCAAAUUUCACAAAUUUUUAGACAAAUUCUGAUUUUCACCGAAAAUAUUCUUCAAUACUGAAAAAUUCACAUUUUUAGCUCGAAAACUCACGAAUUUUUGAAUUUUUUCAAAAUUUUCUUUAAAAAUUGAGAUUUUUCACCCUAAAUUUCAAAUUUUUCAAAGAAAAUUCAUUUUAAACAUUUUUUCCGAAUGAAAAAUUCAUAAUUUUCUGAAAAUUUCAUUUCAAAAUUUUUUUUCACCUUAAAAAAUUACAAAAAUACGGAUUUUCACUCUAAAAUUCACCUAAAUUUCAAAUUUUUUCAAAGAAAAAUCAUUCAAAAACCUUUUUCUAAAUGAAAAAUUCAGAAUUUUCUGAAAAUUUCAUUUCAAAAUGUUUUUUACCUUAAAAAAUCACAAAAAAUUCGGAUUUUCACGCUAGAAUUCACCUAAUUUUCAAAUUUUUCAAAAGAAAAUUCAUUUAAAAUGUUUUUUUUCGAAUGAAAAAUUCAGAAUUUUCUGAAAAUUUCACUUCAAAAUAUUUUUUUACCUUAAAAAAUCACAAAAAUUCGGAUUUUUCACUCUAAAAUUCACCUAAAUUUCAAUUUUUUUCGAAGAAAAACUUUUUUUCGAAUAGAAAAAUUCAGAAUUUUCUGAAAAUUUCAUUUCAAAAUAUUUUUUUAAGCUAAAAUAUCACCUAAAUCUCGAAUUUUGCAGGCGAAACUUGCUCGUCAACGCGAAGACGAAAACUCGAUGGGAAUGUCAAAUCAGAUGGAAAUGAUGACAGCUUUUGAAUUCGAUAAUAUGUACUAA